UUAGAACCAGGACUAGAAUCAGGAUCAGGAUUAGAACCAGGAUCAGUAUUAGAACCAGGACCAGGAUUAGAACCAGGAUCAGUAUUAGAACCAGGACCAGGAUUAGAACCAGGAUCAGGAUUAGAACCAGGAUCAGGAUUAGAACCAGGACCAGGAUUAGAACCAGGAUCAGGA